AUGCAGAGUGCGGCGGCGGUCGAUGUGUUGAUGUUACUAGCAGCCUUUGCAGUCACAAUCACAUACGUCGCCGGGCUGAACCCGCCUGGGGGGUUCUGGACCAGCACCCAGGAAGGCCAUCGUUUGAGCGACCCGGUGUUACAAGCCCGUAACCGGUACCGCGUCUUCUUCAUUUGCAACACCACUUCAUUUGUCGUGUCCCUGCUCAUCAUUGUGUUGCUCCUGGAGAAGAAGCUGCUCGGGAAGAAGAAGUUGAGGCUUGUGGCGCUCUGCGGGUUGAUCGUCGUCGCCCUGCUGGGCCUCAUGGGGGCCUAUGCUGCUGGGAGCUGCAGAGAGGCUAGCAAAACUGUCUUGGUCCUUGCUGUUCCUGUCUGCGUAUGCCUCCUGCUGGCGCUUGUUUUCAUUUGGGGAUCACUGGUGGACCGGCUUGAUUCUGUCUUCACACGGUUCAAGCAACUGGUCAAGACUCCUUCAGGUACGGCUCGGCUUGAUUCUGUCUUCACACGGUUCAAGGAACUGGUUAAGACUCCUUCAGGUCCGGCUCGCACGAAUGUUGACCUACAUGAACAGAUCACUCGUGAUCUUGUUAUGCUCCUUGCUACUCUUGUGGUGACCAUCACUUACCAAGCAGGACUAGAUCUGCCUGGCGGCCUUUGGCUAGAUGACCGAGAUGGUCAAAAUAUCGGUCACCCAGUGCUCCAAACGACACAUCCUACUAGGUACAGAGUGUUCUUCUAUAGUAACUCGGCAGCUUUCGUCACAUCCUUGGUGGUCAUCAUGAUGCUCCAGAGCAAGUUUUUGCUCAACCGGCACACACUAGAAGCAACCCUAGUGCUGGACCUAUUCGGCCUCAUCACUGCCUAUGGCGCCGGGAGCACUAGGGAGGUAACCCAGUCCAUCUACAUCGUCGCCUUGGCAGGAAUUGUCCUAGUCUAUGUCAUCGUCCAUAUCACCAUUAGAGAUCAUGACGCUGAGCUAGUGGAUGAUGAAGAAGUAAAGCAUCUCGAUGACAAGCGCAAGGUACUGUUGCUGGUCGCUGUCUUGGCUGCCACCCUCACAUACCAAGCUGGCCUCACCCCGCCAGGUGGCUUCUGGUUAGCAGAUGACCGAGAGCUCGGUCACCGUGCGGGUUUCCCAAUCCUCCUUGACAAUUACACUCGCCGUUACAACACAUUCUUUUACUGCAACGCAGCAAGCUUCAUGGCGUCGGUAACCCUCAUCCUUCUUCUUGUCAAUCCAAAGCUAUACAGGCAAGGCAUACGUUGUCGUGCGCUCUAUGUGUGCAUGCUGGUGGGCAUGUUUGGCCUCAUGGGUGCCUACGCUGCUGGAAGCUCCCGGAAUCUCAAGACCUCCGUCUAUGUAUUGACCUUGGUUGGUGCUGUGCUAGCCUUCAUAGCCUCGCUGCUAGCCAUUUUCUUGUUGGGGCCUUAUCUAAAUCCCAAGAAGGUAGAGAUUUCUGCUUCGUCCGUUUUGGCAAAUCUCAAAAAGGUACAGAUGGGCAAGUGGAAGCAGGUCAUAGCAGCAGCAAAUCCCAUGAAGGUACAAACGGGCAAGUUGUAGUAGGUCAGAGAAGUAGCAAAUCCCGUGAAGGUACAGA